GUGGAGCAAGUUGGUUGUGUCGCGCUUCGUUACGGUCUCUCUCACUCACGCUGUCUCUUUUGCGGUACUGGUUCAAUUUCGUGUUUGUUUUGGCUCUUGUGUAGCCAGCCUGCUUUAUACGGUAUAUACGCCAAGCUCUGAUUCAAAGCGCGCUACGGCAUAUGCGUGCGUGUGUGUGUGUCGUUGUCUAUGUGUAUGUGUCAAGAAAGAAAGACAUAGAAGGAAGAAAAAAAGAAAGAAGAAAACAGUUUAAGGCUUUGUGCACCCAUAAAACUAACGACUGCAAAAACGUGGUGUAAACAAGAAGCACAACAACAACAGUAACAACAAAUGGAAGAAAAUAAAAAUAAUAAAGAAAUACAAACAUAAAACCGUCUCACGAAUUUUCGCAAGCUUAACGCGUGUAACGGAUUUUUAAGGCACUUGGCAAACAUUUUUAUAGCGACUUUUUCGCAUUUGCUACUCGUUUUAGGAGAUUUUUUCGAAACGAAGUACCAUUUAAUGCGUUAUAUGGAAAAUCGCUUUUGCUAUGCUCUUUGACUCUGGCUAUCGAUAUCCACAUCAGCAUCCCCUCAGAGCGCACUGUGACAGCAGCAACAUCGACAGCGGCAGCAGCACCCGAGAGCAACAAUUCGUAGCAUGCGUCUCUUUAAAGCGCGCAAAUCAACGGACACUUACAGCACUUUAAGCGCCGCUCAGCAGCAUCAGCAGCAGCAACAGCAACAGCAGACGAGCAACAGUUGUGCCACCAGCAAGCAAUAUAACAGCAGCAACAGCAACGGCAACGGCAACCGAGCAACAACAUGCAGCAACAGAUUCAGCAAGAGCAUUGCCAGCAGCACAGCGAUAUCCUCAUCGUUGCCUGAUUUACACGAUAAGUCGCCCGUCAUGAUACUCAGUUGCACAACGCUAACAAGCAAUGGCGCUGCUGCCACGGCAACAGCAGCAGCAACUGUUGCCGCCACGUCAGCAACAGCGCCAACUGGAGGCAAUAAUGGGCAGCCUUUACGCACGGCCACGCCCACAUGUUUGCUAAGUGGACGCCAGACGCCAUCAGGGCUAUCAAUGCUCUCCUUGCAAGAGUCCAAUGCAUUGCAUAGGCAACAGCAACAGCAGCAGCAACCUUCCAUUUUUGUGCCCACUAAACUGGGCAACAAUGCCAACAAUGCCAGCGCAGCUAACUUUCUGCUCAGCUACGCCAGCAGCAGCAGCAUUAACAGCAUCCAGCAGCAGCAGCAGCAGCAGCAGCAGCAGCAACACCAACAACAGCAACAGCACUAUCAGCAAUAUGUGGCACAGCGUCUGCAUCCUGCAGGCAACUCGUCCUCCAGCAGCUGCCUGUAUGAGAAGUCCAACUCAAAUGGCUCCUCAAGUAGCAGCAGCAUCAACAUCUCACUGGCAUCAAAUGGACAUAUGCCCGACUACAAGCUGGUGACAGCCGUGCCUGUCGUUGUCCUGGAUGAUGAACAGAAAUUGGUAACAGCCGCUGGUGACGCAAAUAGCGAUGCUGGCAGCAGCAUUAGCACAGGCAGCGCCACCUCCUUGGCCAGCACCACGCGAAAUGUGUUCACCUGGGGCAAGCGCAUGAGCCGCAAACUGGAUUUACUGAAGCGCAGCGAGUCCCCCGCCGCCGCCCACAAAUCGCACACGGAUCUGCGCAGCCUGUUUCACUCGCCAACGCACAAGUCUAGUAAUGCGAAGACUUCAGUAACGCCUACUGGAGCUUAUCAAAGCAGUACGCUUAAAAAGUGCAAGUCGGGACCAAUUGAAACGAUCAAGCAGCGUCAUCAGCAUCAACAGCAACAGCAACAGCCACAGCCACAUCACCAGCAGCAACAUUUCCAGGAUUCUGGUAACCGGGGCCAGAGCCACAGCGCACAGUCAACGCCGACGCAUCAGUAUCAACAUGGACCAGUGACACGCCCACAGAAGGCACUGAAGAAUUUCUUUCAUCGCAUUGGCUCUACAGGGAUGCUGAAUCAUCGUUCGCACAAUCUGCUGAAAGCUUCCGAGGCAUCGCAGCAGUCAACGCCAACUAGCCAAACGCUCUAUCGUAGCAGCUCCACCAGCCAAUUGUCCAGCUGCUCCUACAUCAAAUGCGAUGAUCCCACCGAAGGCUUAAAUUUGCAUAGCCAACAGCAGCAGCAGCAACGGCAACACUUACUGCAGCAACAGCAGCAGCAACAGCGCGCGCCACGCAUUUCCAAUCUCAAGUCAAGCAGUUGCGAUGAUAUUGCCAAGGUGAGCAGCUGCCUUAUCACCAGCAAUAGCAGCAGUAGCAAUGGCAGCGACAGUGUGGGCGUGGGUGUGGGCGGAGGUGGGCUAGCAAGCAAUGCAGGCAGCAGCAGCAACAGCGGCAACGGCAGCAGCAGCAGUCAACAGGAUGCCAGCCGUCGCAAUGCAUUUCCCUAUGCAUUUUUGCGCUCACGACUUUCGGUGCUACCCGAGGAGAAUGGUGGCUCUGUGCUGCUGAAGCAUCAGCAACAGCAACAACAACAGCAGCAGCAGCUGCAGCAACAAUUUCAAAGGGAUGCUGUUGUGGCUCAAGGCGGAUCGCCGUUGCCGCAGCGUCACUCGCCAGAUCAACAGAUGGCGAAUGUGUCGCGCAAUGACAGCAUCACAUCCAAGGACUGGGAACCACUUUACCAAAGAUUAAGUAGUUGUCUAAGUUCAAAUGAAUCGGGCUAUGAUAGCGACGGCGGCGGCGGCAUCGCUGGUGCUCGUCUGUGCAAUAAUCUUAGCAUCUCGGCCGGAGAUACAGAAUCUAUUGCCUCGGGCACACUUAAGCGCAAUUCGCUUAUCUCGCUCAGCUCCUCGGAGGGCGUCGGCAUGGGCAUGGGCAUGGGCUCAGGCUCCUCUGUACGCAACAGCAUUUGCAGUGCGCCCGUAUCCCUUGGCGGCUAUAACUAUGACUAUGAAACUGAGACAAUCAGACGACGUUUCCGUCAACUGAAGUUGGAGCGAAAAUGCCAAGAGGAUUACAUUGGGCUAGUUCUAUCGCCCAAAAUGGUUGUCACCAACAACAAUGAACAGCAAUAUCGAUAUUUGAUUGUUGAGCUGGAACCAUACGGCAUGGCGCAAAAGGACGGACGCCUGCGCCUUGGCGAUGAGAUUGUUAAUGUAAACGGCAAACAUUUGCGUGGCAUUCAAUCAUUUGGCGAAGUGCAACGUCUGCUAAGCUGCUUUGUGGAGAAUUGCAUCGAUCUGGUCAUAGCGCACGAUGAGAUAGCCACUGUAACUGAUUUCUAUACCAAAAUACGCAUAGAUGGCAUGAGCACGCAGCGUCAACGGCUCAGCUACGCACAGCGGACAGAUAGCCUGAACAGCCUGCAGAGCCUGCAGCUCCAUGUAGAUCAGGAACAAGACCGAGAACGGGAACGGGAGCGGGAGCACGAGCAAGCCGAACUGGAAGAGGACCAGUGCGAUGCACGGUCCCUGGCCAGCGUUAGUACGCUACCCACGCCCAUGCCAUUGAUGCAACAUCGUCGCAGCUCAACGCCCCGACACUCGCUGGACGUGAGUGCGUCGGAGCAUGAGCUAUUGAGGCGCAGAGCGCGCAGCUCUUCAGGUCAGCGUAGCUUGGCUCUAACACCAACACCGCUCUUUAACAAUGACACCUCCUCCACAUCAACAACCAAUGUUAACACCAAUAACAACGACUCGUACACACCUGUGUAUGCGAAUCGGGCAGCCAGCGUCUGUGUGGCCUCCUCGCUGGCGGAUGAUGAGAAAUGGCGGCUGCUGGCACGCAAGCGUUGCUCAGAAGGUGCUGCACUGUCCACCGAUCCAGGCGCGGGCUCCGGCGCUGGCCAGCAGUUUGGCCAGCGUACGCACUAUGCUCGCAAUUCCAUUAAUCUAACCAAUUCACAUUAUCGCUCGCUGAGAUUUGCGCAUUCGCGUCUCAGCUCAUCGCGUCUCAGCUUAUUCAUGCAGACGCCAGCAACAGCAGCAUCAGCAGCAACAACCACUGACACUCCAACCACAACAACAACAACUGAUCUCACUAAUAAUACGCAACAACAACAACAACAACAGCAACAACAACACCAUUCAUUAUAUAUCAAGCACUCGCCAAAAAACGUUUCACUGUUUGCGCCUAAUCCAUAUAUACCAUCCUCAUCAUCAUCAACAGCAGCAACAGCAGCAGCUGUAACAAGCUCAUUGGCUCCACCAGCUGCUUCGCUAAUGCAUCAUCGUCCAUCGCUGCCAGUGGCGAAGCUAACGAUACGCGACGAGGAAAUGGCAGAAGUCAUUCGCGCCUCAAUGUGUGAGGGCAACGGACGCUGCACACAGAAGACAAUUACGUUUUUCAAAGGACCUGGCCUAAAGUCUUUGGGCUUCAGCAUUGUAGGCGGACGAGAUUCACCCAAAGGCAAUAUGGGAAUUUUCGUUAAAACUGUCUUUCCCUCCGGCCAAGCUGCCGAUGACGGCACGCUGCAGGCGGGCGAUGAGAUUGUGGAAAUCAAUGGACUCUCUGUGCAGGGCAUGAGUCAUGCUGAGACAAUUGGACUAUUCAAGAAUGUGCGUGAGGGCACAAUAGUGCUUAAGAUCUUAAGAAGAAAACUACAAAAGGCAAAGUCAAUGGGCACCUAAAGGAAGAAUAUAAAUAUAAGUUCUUUUAAAUACAUAAUCCCAAACUGCAUAUCGACUCUACAUGUUAGCACUUUUUAUGGAGAAAUCAUUUGUUAAUACCUGAGCAACAGCACAUCAUUUGUUUAACUGAUACAUACAUGUACAUAGACCAAUUUAAUGUAAUAUUAGUUGCCCUGCCUUCAUAUAUGUAC